GGCGGUGCCGUAGGGGCCCGCUGAGGCGCGGGGGGGUUGGCGGCGCCCGGGAGCCUGUCGCUUGUGCGGUCCCUCCGGUUCGGUGGGUCCGAGCAGAAGGCCCGACGGCGGGAGGCAGCAUGUCGGUAGCGGGGCUGAAGAAGCAGUUCUACAAGGCGAGCCAGCUGGUCAGUGAGAAGGUUGGAGGGGCUGAAGGGACCAAGCUUGACGAUGACUUCAAAGAGAUGGAGAAGAAGGUGGAUGUUACCAGCAAGGCUGUGACAGAAGUGUUGGCCAGAACCAUCGAGUACCUGCAGCCCAACCCAGCCUCUCGGGCCAAGCUGACGAUGCUCAACACGGUGUCUAAGAUCCGCGGGCAGGUGAAGAACCCCGGCUACCCGCAGUCGGAGGGCCUGCUGGGCGAGUGCAUGAUCCGCCACGGGAAGGAGCUGGGCGGCGAGUCCAACUUCGGCGACGCCCUGCUGGAUGCCGGGGAGUCCAUGAAGCGCCUCGCUGAGGUGAAGGACUCCCUGGACAUAGAGGUCAAGCAGAACUUCAUUGACCCCCUCCAGAACCUGUGUGACAAGGACCUGAAGGAGAUCCAGCACCACCUGAAGAAGCUGGAGGGCCGCCGCUUGGACUUCGACUACAAGAAGAAGCGGCAGGGCAAGAUCCCCGACGAGGAGCUGCGCCAGGCCAUGGAGAAGUUCGAGGAGUCCAAGGAGGUGGCUGAGACCAGCAUGCACAACCUCCUGGAGACCGACAUCGAGCAGGUGAGUCAGCUCUCUGCCCUGGUGGAUGCCCAGCUGGACUACCACCGGCAGGCUGUGCAGAUCCUGGACGAGCUGGCUGACAAACUCAAGCGGAGGAUGCGGGAAGCCUCUUCACGCCCCAAGCGGGAGUACAAGCCCAGGCCGCGGGAGCCCUUGGACCUCGGGGAGCCCGAGCAGUCCAACGGGGGCUUCCCUUGCACCGUGGCUCCCAAAAUCUCAGAUUCAUCUUUCCGAUCUUCCAACAAGCCUGUCCGGACCCCCAGCAGCAGGAGCAUGCCGCCCCUGGACCAGCCCAGUUGCAAGGCCCUGUAUGACUUUGAGCCUGAGAACGAUGGGGAGCUGGGCUUCCACGAGGGCGACAUCAUCACUCUGACCAACCAGAUCGACGAGAACUGGACAUUCCUUCACAGCUCCCUCCGGGGCUCCCCAAGCCCUGCAUACCUGCAGAUGCCACCUCCCUGGGAGGGCCUCACCUCUUCCCUCCAGCUGGGGGCUUGGGGAGAGAUGAGCCUGGGGUCCUCAGGUGCCAAGUCCCCUAAAGACAGGCCUUCUCCCCCGCACCACCUGGGUGGCCAUGCUUCCCUCCUGCAGGGCAGUGAGCCCCACUCCCAUGCCCGCCGCACCACCCCCAGCCAAGCACAUGGAGUGUGUCUCUCUGGCACAAGCUGCCACCACCAGCACACACACACACACACCAGCCACACAUGGGACCACGGCAGGCCAGCCUCCACUCUGCGGAAGGUCAAGCACAAAGACUUUGAUAAGUGAAUGUUCCCAGACCCCUGGCUACUGGGGCCCCCUUGGUUGGGGGUCACGGGCACUUCCCUGUCUGAAGCCGGCCACCAUACCCUCUUUGGACAGUGGCCCAGACUGUCUUCUCCAGACCAAGGUAGGCAGCUGCCCAGACCAGCAGGGCCCCAGCCCUGCACUCACUUCCCCUCUUGCCUGAUCUAAAAGUUGGCUAAACAGGGGACCCUGGUUCACAUUCCCCUCCUCCGGUGACUCAGUAAAGUCCCCAACAACACCAGGCCCUCCCCGCUUAUCUCCAAGGCCCCCUGGUCGCCAGUACUUGGAGGAGGAAUAGACAUCACAGCCUAGGGCAGAUGAAAAUGUAAUCCUGAUUUUUUUAAAAAAGUAUUAAAUGUCUCUUUCUACAGC